UGGGUUCUUUUCUCCUCACUCUCUGCAACUCUUGCAUUUCAUUCUCUGUAAUUUUGCGUCUUCUAUGAAAGCUGUGUAAGCUGAAGAGAAGAAUAGAUGGGGAAGUACAUGAGGAAAGCGAAAAUCACAGGUGAAGUUGCAGUCAUGGAAGUCGCGCAGUCGUCUCUUGGGGUUCGGACCAGAGCCAAAACCCUAGCCUUACAGAGACUGGAGAAGUCGACGAUGGCAUCGACGGUGAGCUCUGGGGCUUCUUAUUUACAACUCCGAAGUCGAAGGCUUGAGAAACCUCCUCUACUUGCGGCGAGUAACCAUGAGUCGAAGAAACAACAAAACCCAUCUCCAUCCCCGACAGCAAAAGUGACCGCCAAAUCAAACCCAAACCCUAACCCUAACUCUCGAACAAGUCCCAGGUUGGUGGUGGAUUCUGAGUAUUCUUGUUCUGUUGCUUCGGUGAGUUGCUCCAAGAAUGAAGAGGAGUUUUCGAUGAAGGAGGGAACUCCUGUCGCAGUCGAAGAAGUGUCUCCAGAGAGCAAGAACGAUGUGGGUAUAGAGGCUUCAUUUGGAGAGAAUGUUUUAGAGACCGAGGGAAGAGAAAGGAGCACAAGGGAAACCACACCUUGCAGUUUGAUAAGGAAUUCAGACACCAUAGGAACUCCUGGUUCUACAACCAGGCCUACCACCUCAACUGCAACAAAUCGAAGAGUACAGAAUGCAAUUAGGAGAAACUUCCCAACAUCACAUGAGAUGGAGGAGUUCUUCGCAGGUGCAGAGCAACAGCAACAGAGACGAUUCACUGACAAAUACAAUUUCGAUCCAGUGAAUGAUAGGCCUCUUCCUGGACGAUAUGAAUGGGUGCUAGUGGAACCAUAAGUUGGGGUUGGUGUUCCAUCAGGAUUUCGUUUCCUGCAGCUUCUCGAUCAAUCUCUUGCAGAGGAUUUUCGAAGCAGUAGGGGAUGGGGUUGAUCAUUGAUGGUCUUAAUGGCUGCGGUCCCGUUUUCUGUCUACCAUCAUUUCUUGCUUUGUAAAAAAAGGAAGAGCAGUCAAAUCUUCUGUGUAGCCUAAUGAUCUGUAACAUAACAGAGCCGAUGAGUUCCUUAACAAAAUAUAAAUCCAAAGUCCUUUUGUUUAA